GAUACGCGGAGCCCUGCGUGGAGCCAGCCUCUCUCUCGGCAACUAGUGGACUAGCGACACCAUCUUCAAUGAGGUGCAUUCGGUUGUGAGCAGUAUAUUGGUAAUACUCUAGGGAAUGUCUGGCUCGCGGAGAGGAUCGGCUCUAUUGAGGGAGCUCAGCAGGGCUGAGGCUAAGAUAGAGACCCUGGAGGAGUUCAUAAGUGAGCGAGAAAGGCAGCUGCAUGUUGCAGUGAGCAGAUUGAGAAGCAGGGGGGAUUCAAGGAGGACAUCUAGGAAUAACAUUCGUAGAAGGAGGGCCGGGAUCACAUCUGAUGCCUUGCUCCGCAUGCACUCUUUGAGUAGUGACUCCUUCGAAUAUGCAGAUAAUGAUGUGUAUAUGCAACCUCUUGAUGACUAUGUCUGUCUGCGACUGCUUCGCGUGGAGAAGUCUCUUACUUCGUCGGAGGGCCAUGUGCCCUUUGUUCUCAGCAGGCUGAUUGGGCGACACUACCAUGUUGGGCCGGAGGGGGCAGAUAUUGGAACAAGUACAGACUGCACUGUUUGUACUCCCCCUGAGAGUGAAGCAUUUCCAAAACAUGCUCAGAUCAGUUGGAUAACUGGAACAAAAUCUACCGAUGGACUCUUUGAGCUCUGUGACCUUACUAAAGGACAGGGUUUAUUCCGGGUUUUGCCUACCACCCCAACAGUUCAUGAGUCUGCCGGUACAAACCUGACGACAACGACAGGACAAGGCAGUGACGACAUAUCUGGAGUGAGGCUGUCUCGUGGUGUCCAAUUCCAGACUGGGAGGCUGGUGUGGAGUCUGACUGCCCUCCCUGGAGACCAGGUCCUCACCAUCAAGAUGUUCUCUGCUGCUCGAAUUGAUGUCAAUUCUGAAUACAGCCCUCCAAAUUCGGAUGACUCUAGUUCCUAUCAUCGACUCUCCUCCGUCCUCUUUCCAUCCGCUGUGUCCACUGGGCCCCUCCCCCACCCCUCCCCCUACCUACUGCUCCACAUUGCAGUUGUGAACAAGGAUUUGGACAUGGUACUCUACCUGCUUGACAAAGGAGCAAAAGUAAACCUGCAAUCUGGUCCACUCUUAGUGACAUCCCUCCACCUGGCGAGCCAACUUGGUCAAACUGACAUUCUCUAUCACCUCCUGGCUAGAGGAGGAGAUGUGGAGUUGAGAGAUGUCAAUAGACUUACUGCACUAGAUCUUACCUCUUCUUAUGAAGUCAGGAAGAUGCUACUGAACUCCGUGUUACUGUGUGCAGCCAGUGAAGCUGGAGAUGUGGAGGAGGUAUCCAGACUGCUGAACCAGUGUGGAGUCCCUGUCAGUGUCUGUGGUCUCAGGCACAAGGCACCUCUUCAUCUGGCCUCUGCAAGUGGCCAUGCUGCAGUAGUGGACCUACUGUUGGCCAGUGGCGCCAAUGUGAAUAGUCGUGGGGGUGGUCAUAGACGAACCCCACUCCAUUAUGCCAGUCUUUACAACCACGUGGGUAUAGCUACCACUCUUCUAGCUGCUGGAGCCAGUGAGGUUGCCAGGGACUCUGGGGGACUGACCCCUCUCAACCUCUCCAUGGGAGGAGAUAUGUGCAAACUUCUCCACAAGCAACCCCUCUCCUUAUGCCUAGCGGUUCAGAGUGAAGAUGUCCAAAGAGUUCAGCAACUUCUAGAGGAGAAUGAGGUGGAAAAUCACAAUCUGGUGGACCAGAGGAAUGAGCAUUCCCAUGCUCCCCUCCAUAUUGCCUGCACUACUGGAAACAUGUACGAAUUGGAUGACCAGGGAGAGAGUGUUGAGGUUCGAGUUCAAGGGGCAGUGGAGGUGGUUGAGGAAAGGCUGAAGCAGCUGCAGAAGAUGACAGAGUCACCGGUCACAACACCUGCUGAGGAAUCUUCUGUGAACUCACUUCAACUGCCUAUUGCCAUGACCCGCCAGGAAAGCCAGACAUCUUACUCCAGUGAAAGUGAGCAGGCCUGGCUCCUCAGUCGUCACCAGAAUCUCAAAGCUGUGGCUGCUGUGCUCACUCCAGCACAUGAGAGACUGCUGAAAGCAAUUGAGGGCCGAAAUCUCUCUGAAUUUGUCCGGGUGUUUUGCAGUGAGUCAGUGAGUCCAGAUAUUUUUGUUGACCGUUACUGCCCAAUCCCUGCACUGGUGAGGACUAUUCAAGAUGGUCUCUUCCAGUUUACAGAGGAACUGCUCAAGAGAGGAGCUACAGUGAGUUCCAGUGGCCCAGCUGAUAUGGUACCUUUUAUUUUGGCCGCUGAGAAGGGCCACUGUGACAUUUUACAACUGCUGGUUGCCCAUGGGGCCAAAGUCAACAUACAGAGCACAGACACACAGACCACGGCCCUACACGAGGCAGCCAGUGCAGGAAGUUUGGAGUGUGUUCUUUACUUGUUGAGUCAGGGAGCCAAUAAAGCUGCCCUCAAUUGCAAUGGAGAGACUCCCUUUGAUUGCACCACUGAACUGGAGAUCAGAGAGUUGUUAGCUGUUGGUAUCAAUGAACUCCUAGUGGCAGCCUGCACCGGUGAUAGUGACAAGAUCCGGACCUUGGUUAUUGAGGAGGGGUUUUCCCCAUCCCAUGAAUUCCAACAGGGAGUAACUGCACUACAUGAGGCUUGUGAGGGUGGCCAUGAGCAGUGUGUUGCUGUCCUGAUUGAGCUUGGUGCUGUAGUUAACCAACAGACCCACACCACUCAAGCCUCUCCUCUGCACAUUGCCAGCCGAAACAACCACCUGAAUAUUGCCUCUCUACUUCUGAAAGCUGGUGCCAAAACACAUUUCAAGGACAGUGAUGGAAAGGUACCGUUUGAGGUGGCCAGUAGUAAUCAAAUGAGAAAGAUUCUGAUUGAAGCACGUUCAGCACUGGUUACUCCAGUUCAAUACCAGCGUGAGACUAGCAAGGAAGCUCGCCUCUGCAAGAUUUGUAUGGACAAUACCAUCAAUACUAUCAUCCUACCAUGUGGACACCAGCUCCACCACCCUGACGUCAUCGCGAGACUCCUCGCUGCAACCUCUGAGCCUGAUUUGUUUUUGCCAGAGGAGCCAUACAGGAUGAGCGUACGUGGAGGCAUAACUGUUGAAGACAUUCCCCGUGGUCUCAGCGAUGAAGUUGUAGAGCAAUAUUUUUUUUCAAAGGGAAGUGAGAUCCAGUUGUUUCAGUUCGAUAAGGAGAAGAGGAGCGCUCGAAUAAUAUUCGAGGACCAUGGAGGUGCCAACAGUGUACUUAAAUGUGCAAACCCUCCCGGUGAAGGGGAGAGGUUUGAACAGUGUAGUAGAGAAACACCUUCAAAAAGUGAUACAACUGAAGUUAGCUCCUCAAUAGUCACAAUGAAUGUUGAAUUUGACUUACAUCAGUGGAAGGUGGUAUCAAAUUUGGGUGUGGUGCAAGAAAUUGAAAUCCAAGCCAGGCAGCUUGGACUUUCUAUUACACAUCCGACUUACGAGUCUUCUACUGUAAAAAUUGUAGGAACUGUGCAGCAUGUUAUUCUAGCAAAACAACGUUUUGAAGAUUUAAAGAAACAUAUUUUAGUUUCAUCAAAGACCCUUCAUUAUUCACCUGGGCUUUGGACAGUUCUCAAGUCCAUGAAAGAUUCUAUUAGCCUUUUAGAGCAUGAUUGCAAUGUUUCAAUAAACAUAAAAGCUGUUCCAUCUAACUACAGUGAUACUGAUUCCGGACCAAGUCGUGUUGUUUUUGUGGCGCAAAUCAGUGAGUGCAACGUUGAAAUCUGUUUUGGAAAUUUUGUACAGCAUCCUUCAGCUAGCACCAUGAUUAAUUUAGUAGUACAGAAUAUUGACCAGCAUCACCUUCCUGAAUUGAUUGAAGCUGGAGGUAAACAGGUUUUCAGUGACAUUUACUCAAGGGUGAAAGAGUUGUCUUCCUGCGUGUUGCCUCAAGUGUUUGAGACUAAGCCCCGUAGUCUCUCAGUCCAGAAACUGAUUAACUGCAUGGUUCUAAAGUGGAAUCCUAAUGAUAAAAAGACGGCUGCAGUUCUAGAGGAAGGACUUAGUGGUGCUAUGAUCAGCUCAUCACGUCCAUGUGUUGUCAUUAAUCAAUCAGCACCCAUCAAGUGUCCUCCUGUUGUGUUAGUAGAUAUUAUAACAAGAGCAAUCGAAACCAAUUCUGACACUUUAGCUGGGUUUACCUUUGCGCUUUAUGUGAAAACAAAAGAAGGUAUUAAAAGUAUUGGACAUUUCUUUAAAGACAGACAUGUACGAGUCACAUCAAAUGAUCCUUACGACCAGCUAGAACAUUUAAGUGGUGAUGAUAGCGACAUGUAUAUCAAUGUGUUAGAGAGUGAUUUGUUCUCUUUUUUUUCGGUUGCUCAUGGAAAUCUUCUUGAACAAAAGGUACAGGUGUAUGUGAAUUCUACAAAUUCAGACCUUGACCUUUCCCGUGGGGUGUUGUCUAAACAACUUUUGAAGUUAAUGGGACAGAAACUGCAGGAUCAUUGUAAUGAGUAUGCGCCAUUAGCAACUGGCAAAGUAGCAGUUACAUCAGCUGAAAAGAUGUUUUGCAAUGUUAUCCUGCACGUUAAUCUUCCUUCCUAUGGUGUGAAAGGUUCACAGAGGGUGUUUAAGGAGGCAAUGCAAAAUAUUUUGCAAAUAUGUCUUGAUCAGUCCCUGACUUCAAUUGCCAUUCCUUCACUGGGAACUGGAAAACUGGGAUACCCACAUCAUUUAGUGGCUGAUGUCGUCAUUUCUGAAGUACUGGGGUUCAACGAAAAGCAUCCGAAGUUUUUCAAGAAGGUUGUUUUGGUUUUAUCUGAGAGACAUGUGUAUGAAAAGUGUAUGAAAAUCUAUGCAGAGAAAUUACUGACUUCAACGUCAGAAAAGUCACAUGCCUUGGACACCGCCCAGAUAAGGGCUGCUCCAUCUGUGCUGCUGAAGCUCCUCGAGUCACUCCAGGUCCGCUGCAGGAGGUGUGGGAAGAAAGUAGUUGGAGCAGCCGAGAAGCACCUGCAACACCUUGAGAGUGGCUGCAAGCUACACCUGGUGUUGACAGACCAGGAUCCCACUCCUACAUCACACGCAUCUCCUCCUGACAACAUCCUCACUCUAGCAACAAGAGGCAGGGUGAGAAGACACUUUAUAGGAGCGGUUGCUGGAACGUUAGAUGUCUCACCCAGACAAGCGACAAGACGCACAAAGGCCCUCAAUGAAGUGCGAGAGAUAGUCUCAGGAGGAGAUACCAACAAACAGCUGCAGCUUGAAGUGAAGAGUUUGCCAAAGGCCAGCAGAGAACAGCUGAUGCACGAUGCUGGAUUCUCGGUCCAUGUUCCUGCAGGUAAAGGUCAGGAGCUAUUGGCUUUAGAAUCAAGGUUGCAUGGCAAUGAGAUGCGACAUCGGCCUCCCAUGGAAUCAGUUGAGACAGUUGAGAAAAUGGAGGGAGAGAAGAAACAAAGGAAAGGGGUCCAGGGGGUGGUAGAGAAAGUGAAAGGAGAAGUUGUCCCUUUCUCCUUCCCAAAGCGAGGGCAUACUGGAGAGGAACUACGGGCAUCAGCUCUGGUUUAUCUGGAAGUACUGCAGGACCACUUGCUGCAAUUGCUGGAUGAUAACAACCAAGCUUGUCGGAUCACAUGGGACAAGGGCAUGCUGGAGGGAGAGGUUUGGGUGAAGUUGGGAGGGGACAAAGGGGGUUCGUGUAUGAAGGUCCAGGCACAGUUAUGCAACGUGCCCACACCAAACUCACCAAAGAACACAUCAGUUUUCACGGCAUUUGAAGCACCUGACACCUUCACGAAUCUCCAUAUAGCCCUUGAGCGUUAUAAGGAGCAGGUGAUCCAGCUCCAAUCACUGACCUGGAGUGGGAAGAGAGUGAGAGUCUUCCUCAGUGGGGAUUAUGAAUUCCUUUGCCGGAUGUAUGGUCUCUCUGGGGCUUCAGGUUGUCACUGCUGUCUCUGGUGUGAAAUAUCCAGUGACCAGCUAAGGACACCACUCCACACACGUGGGUACUCCCAGCCACGGACCUUGGACACCUUGAAGAGGGAUCACCAGCAGUUCCUACAGAGUGGUGGGAACAUAAAACAUGCCAAGAAAUUCAACAAUGUCAUACAGCCACACAUGUGGGAUAUACAAAUAGACCAGAAACUCCACCAACUCACCGAGGAGAGAGAUGCCCACGUGCAGGCCAUAGCAGCGCUAGAGGAGUUGGUACCAAGAAUGGCUUUAACAGCCACUUCCGAAGAUUCUGCGCGUGCACAGAUCAACUAUGCUGAACAGGGCAUUACUGAGUGCAGGAAGAAGGCACACGAACUGGACAGAGAGAUUGAUAAGGUCAAGAGUGACAUAGAGAAAGGCUUCAGGAUGGAGGAAGCAUGCCACAACAAAUACAGCAACAAGUACCUCUCAGAAGCAACGAUAUCAACUCUUGAAACAGACAUAAAGACCUUCCUUCAGCACUACAGACAGACAUACCCACAUGCAACUGUGACCCCCAAGCUUCAUCUCCUUGAGGACCACAUGGCACCCUGGAUCAGGAAGUGGGGUGGAGUUGGAUUCGGGGUAAUGGGCGAGCAAGGGGCAGAGAGCAUCCAUGCCGAAUUCAAUAGGAUAGAGCAAAGGCACCGAAACCAGCGCCACGACCGCGUGGAGAGGCUACGACGGGUAGUUACAGAGCACCUUCUGAAAAGCCUACCCAGUCAUGUCGCCGCACAACCCCCUACAAAGCGCAGGAAGAUCGCCGAAGAGUGACAGCGGCCUUGGAUCAACUAUAAUAUUCGCCACCUCCACGCAACGGUUGCGCAACUGUUGCGCAACCAUUACCGAAUUGCUACGCAUCCAAUACGCAACGUUCUGACUUACAAACUCGUUGUAGAUGGCCUAGAUCCCUGCAGAGCCAGGGGUCUUGGAUAUCAGGCGUAGCACACACGCUGAGCUAGCUACUAGCCACAGAGACUUGUACGCAUGCGUGCAAAAAUUGACAGUUAUGUCUGGAAAAUUUGCUAAGUAUUAUACUUAGCAAGGCGCGUUUCUUCGCGCGAGCGGGAAUGACUGCACACUGCAAUAUCAUUGGCCAAAGUUUGGCGCGGGCGGGAGGUUUC